AACCCAAACCCAAACCCAAACCCAAACCCAAACCCAAACCCAAACCCAAACCCAAACCCAAACCCAAACCCAAACCCAAACCCAAACCCAAACCCAAACCCAAACCCAAACCCAAACCCAAACCCAAACCCAAACCCAAACCCAAACCCAAACCCAAACCCAAAACCCAACCCAAACCCAAACCCAAACCCAAACCCAAACCCAAACCCAAACCCAAACCCAAACCCAAACCCAAACCCAAACCCAAACCCAAACCCAAACCCAAACCCAAACCCAAACCCAAACCCAAACCCAAACCCAAACCCAAACCCAAACCCAAACCCACGACUAAGAGAGAUAAUGACAGGUACCAAACCCUUGGUAAAGAAAAUCCUAAUAUUCAUGGAACAUUUUUGAAUGGAAUUUCAAAAACCAAUACUCCUGUUCUUAGAAACUUAACGCUGCGAGGAGCUAUGAGUCUUUCUUCUGCACCACCAGAGCCAUUCUUUAAUUUUCUCUCCCUCAAAUACAGUGCAACAUCUUUCUCUAAGGAACAUGUUUUAGAAUUACAACAGAAACUUCCAAAUGCCAAACUUUAUCUUAAAAAAGUACCUCCUAUUGCUGACUCUAACGCUAAGGAUAGGUGGAGCAAAUAUUCUUCACUCCCUUUAGAUUACAUUUCAAUUAAAAAGAAUUCAGCUAUAGAUUUAUUCACACAUUAUGAUGAAGAAAUUUCUGUCUGCUUCCAACCAACACCAGGUGAAAAAGGCUUAUUGGUUGAAGUAGGAGACUCCAAAUGGAUUUAUACAAGCUAUGAUGAAGAGUUCAAUGAAAGAGAUUAUAUUCCUCCUGUUGUACUAGAGGAACAUUCAGUUAAAGCAACAAACGAUCCUUCAUAUUAUCAACCACCUCAAAAAGUGACAGAUCAAAACAUACCUAUUGGUAAUUCAUACCAGCUUUCAGAACUCCACACUCAUUUAAUGGGUAUGGGUAAUGCUGAUUUCUGGAUUGAAGUAAUCAUGAAAAAGUAUAUCCCAAAUCUUGUGCAAGCUUUGCCAAUCGUUCCGCUUGACAUCAGUUCUACACUUACUAAAUCAAGUUUGUUCACCAAUGCAGACAUAGACAACCUUACUUUGGAAUCAGAAGUGCUUUCCUUAAAAGCAGUUCAUACCAAUGAUGUUGUGUACAGUUUAGAAGAUUUGAGCAGAGCUUUCAAUUUAUUCACAUUACCCAAAAAGGAACAAAUUGCUAAUAUUAGUAAAGUAAUUGGCGCAAAACCAAAAAAUUACUAUGUAUUCAACCAAAGAGAAGAAAAAUACGAAUUGAAAUAUGGUUUUACAAAUGCACAAAUUAUAGCAAAGUUAGAUGCAGAUGAAAAAAGAAAGCCUGACCCUACAAAGCGAGUUCUUUACAACACUUUAUUGCUUUCAUUUGAAAUGAAACUUGUAGGUGUUCAUAAUGUCAAAUUCACACCAGAUUUUUAUCCACAAAGAUUCAUUUUGAAAGAUAGCAUGUAUUUUAUGUAUCCUGAAAUAUUAUCCAUACUCUUACUGCAUACCAUUUAUAACUACUACAAAGAAGGAGUUGAGUAUGUUGAAUAUAGUGUUAGUCUGAAAGAUUUGAAAACAGAUUCAAUCUCAAAGUAUUUGAAACCCUCAACAUUAGAGACUUUUUGGAACAGUCAAAAGUAUUUAAAACAAGCUUUCUCAGAACAAAUUUUCACAAAAACAUUGGAACAACUUUGCAUUGUAAAUGAUGGCAAUGAACUUGAGGCACAAAUCGAUAAGCUCUUCAAAUUGCUUAAAAUAGAGAAGGUAAUUGAUGUUGGUGCAGUUGUUGGAUUUGAUUGGGUUGGAGAUGAAAAGUAUUUUGCUCCAUGCGUUUUUGUUUUGAAAUGUUUUUGGAGAAUAGCUGAACUUUACAAUAAGAAAACAGGAAAAUUAUUAGGAUUAAGAUAUCACUGUGGAGAGAACACUUUUAUAGAUGAGGAUAAAACAUUCUUCUUGAAGCAUAUGGACAUUACAUUUUGGUCAAUUAUUGAAAUUUGCAAAAAUAUGAAGGCAAAAUUGAGAUUGGGUCAUGGUGUUGGAUUUAUGUUGGAACAAGGAUCUGGACCUUUUUAUAAUGAAGAAGUAUUUAACAGAAUGAAAAAUUAUAGAGAAAUUAUUAUGAAAGACAAGAAGGUGUUCUUUGAAUGGUGUCCAACAAGUAAUGAAUAUUUACUCUUUGAUUUCCACGAUUUGUCAAUUCCUGUAGAUAUUAAUUGCUUAACAGUUGCCACGGAUAACGAUGGAAUUAUGCCAGUAUCUGGAGUUGAAAAGGAAACAAGAAAAGCAGCAAAAUACUUUGACGACUUGAAAACCUCCACACCAGCAAUUAUUAACCUUUCCCAAGCUAUUUUUGUGGAAAAUGCAAAGAUGGCAAGGUUUAUUCAAAUAGAUGGAAAUCAACCACCAACCCAGCCAACAACUUUAUCAACUAAUAACAUCACCCAAAAUGAAAAUUUAGUUGACAAUGACCACAACAAUGAGGACAACAUUGAUGAUAACAUUGUGAAAGACUUGUCAGACGAUACAGCAAGAACAGUUUGA